UGGUUGUUUUUUUUUUUUUGCAGUAACGACACAGUGACCUUUACGUCCACCACUUCAGUUGGUUUAAAUCAAAUCCAUCACUGACAUUUUAUUCAUCCAGAUGGCAUCAUGUGAAUUCAUGAACUGCUAAAAUGAGCCAUUACCAAGUUUUCCAUGUAUCUUCAAUCUUUCCUGACAGGUUCUGGUCUGAAGGUAGAGACAUCAUGUACAACAACAUCAGACACAGUUUGUGAACCACUGGAGGGAUUCUUCUGUUUCGACUCUACAGAGAACAACUGUGCAGCAGCACAGAAACACAGCAGCUGUCAGCCAGGACAAUACAUCAACAAAACAGGAACAGCCUUCACAGACACUGUGUGCUCUGACUGCAGCGCUGGAACGUUUUCAGAUGGAACAUUUGCAUCUUGUCAGGAACAUACUCAAUGUGAAUCAGGAAACCUUCAGCUGAUAAAAGCAGGAACUGCUUCUUCUGAUGCUGAAUGUGGAGAAGAAAGUUUAAAUGUUCCAGCAGCUGUGAUCGUCCCUGUUUUACUUUUUUUAUUAUUAAUAUCUGCUGGAUUAGUUUCUUUCUUUUACUUCAAAAAGAAGGAAACAUGUCUAAAACUAGGAAAAAGAAGUUCAAAUGUUCACAGAGAGGUAAAAAGCAGAUGGAGAAGGAUCAUCAACAUCUGUCGCCUUAAACACAAACCUGCAGGACGGCAGAACAUGACUCCUCGCGGUGGCCCUGUGAAGCUAAGGAAUCACUGGGAAGACCAUGUCCAUGUUGUAGCUAAGCAACUUGAGGACGUCGCUGGAGACGAGGAUGUUCGUGCAGAUGAUGCUGAGGUGUCCUCUGUCGCCAGCAGCACACGAGAGGAUGAGAUGGAUAUCAUCCUGGUGAAAGUCUUCGGUGGUCAAACCCUCCCAUGUUCUCCAGACGAGUAUCAGAUAGUAUACACAUGCUGUCCUGCGUGUCCUCCUGGAAAUCUGGUUAGAACACAUUGCUUAAAGGACAGAGCUACUUCCUGUCUGCCCUGCACUGAUGGAACAUUUAUGGCUAAAGCCACUGGACGUAGGCAGUGCUACCCUUGUACACCUUUAAACUGUGAUGCAGGUUUGGGUCUGAAGACUUUAUGUACAACAACAUCAGACACAGUUUGUGAACCACUGGAGGGAUUCUUCUGUAUCGACUCUACAGAGAACAACUGUGCAGCAGCACAGAAACACAGCAGCUGUCAGCCAGGACAAUACAUCAACAAAACAGGAACAGCCUUCACAGACACUGUGUGCUCUGACUGCAGCGCUGGAACGUUUUCAGAUGGAACAUUUACAUCUUGUCAGGAACAUACUCAAUGUGAAUCAGUAAACCGUCAUCUGAUAAAAGCAGGAACUGCUUCUUCUGAUGCUGAAUGUGGAGAAGAAAGUUCAAAUGUUCCAGCAGCUGUGACCAUCCCUGUUUUACUUUUUUUAUUCAUAUGUGUUGGAUUAGUUUUGUUCUUUUACUUCAAAAAGAAGAAAGCACAUCUAAAACUAGGUGAGGAUGAUGGAGAACAAUAAAUAUGAUCACGCUUUGUCUGGAUGAUGAUAUUUUUUCCAAGUCCCGACUCUGAUUAAAAUGUUUUUUUUUCUUUGUUUUGUUUCAUAACAGGACAAAAAUGUUCAAAUGUUCAGGAAGAGGUAAG